CACGUCAUAGUGCCACGUCAGCAGUGCCCCGCCACCAUGACGGGCACAACUCUGGGCAUGCCAGGCCAACUGGCCAACGAGUCUGUUGCCGACUACAAACAGCGGUUCCAGGCUCAGCUUGCUCUGAUCGAGGCUGAGGAAAAGCGCCAGCUGGCAGCCCAGGCUGCCUGCCUACAGGCUGAAGCAGCGCCAACAGCUGAGAAGCAGCGGCUACAGGCCAAAGCAGACGCAGAUACCCAGGCUCGCCGCAAGGAGGCCCAGGAUCUGCUGCAGCGGCAUGAAGCCGCCAGCAUCAAAAGACUUAAGUUCUGGCACUUUGAACCGUCCAACGGCGACGACACGACACCGGAAGAGCAGCAUAAGGAAUUCGUCUCCAAACUCGUGACACGGUUGUUGUACGCUUGCAACUACCAACAGUCCGAGUUAGAGAGACAGAACCAGGAACUGCAGCAACAGUACCAGGAUCUGAAGACACAGCACCAGGAGUUGGCGAACCUCCGCCGGAUGGUGCAGAGCCACGAGGAUGCUACACGGGCACUCAAUUCCCGUGUACUGGACCUGGAGCACGCUGUACCAGGACCAGAUGCUGGUGAGUCCAGCAGUGCACCCUCUAACCGCCAACUGGAGCAACGCGUCGACCACGUCGUCGCAAUGCUCGACGACAUCAGCACCUUCGCUGCGCCGACCACCAUCAGCAAUCAGCUGGAUACUUUGAAGACCGAGGUCCAGCAACUGCAGUCAACGAACACGGAUGGCAACAAUCCAAAGCAAUACAAGAAGCACUCGUACAUCGGCGCCCUGUUCAUGAACUCAAAGGGCGGAUGCCAGAUCUGGUUAACCCACCUGGCAGCCACCCACGGCGUCGACGUCGCAGAUAUGAAGGACAAGAUCUCAUGGGAAGAGUUAACACGGUUGUGGAAGAAGCGGUUCAUCGUCGACGACGCACCAGCACUUGCCAUCAACCGUCUCUUCACCAUGACUCAAGGCAGCACAGCAACACGUGACUGGCUCACGGAAUGGCAGAAGAUCGCGGCAACGCCCGAUCUUGACUUACCAUUUCUGCAUCUGCGCCGUGAGUUCUACAACAGGUCACGCGCUGCACUGAGCCAGGCACUUGGUGAUCGCGAGCAGUAUGCAACCUUCGCUGAGAUCAUUGACAAGGCGAGGGAGAUCAUCAAGACCAACAGGGCGGCUGCACACGAGAAGUCAACGUGGCAGCCAACCUAUGUGGAGAAGGUGAGAACUGGUCCGCGACAGCAGCAGUUCGCUGCAGUCCAAUCGGACAACACUGUGGAAGACCCGGCAGCCACCCAAGCGUCACGUGAGGGAGAUCAGGUGGUUGCUGUCCAGCCGCGAAGCAACAACAAACCCCGAGUGAACGGAAAGGCGAAACCAGCAUCGCAGGCCGGAAACGGACAGUUAGCACCACCAUGGGUCAAGUUCAACUUGACCGAGGCCGAGUACAAGUACCGCAACCGUUACGGCUGCUGUUACUGGUGCAACAGCACCAAGCACAAGACCUCCCUUUGCCAGGAUCAGGCCAAGGAGGAUGUGCGGCCUCGCCCGCACGGAGUAGAACCGGAUCGACCCAUCCGCCACGAGAUCAUCCUCGAGGACGGGGCCGUACCUCCGCGCGGUUGCRUCUACCGAAUGAGCGAGGAAGAGUUAAGUGUGCUUCGGGCACAACUCGACGACCUUCUGGAGAAAGGCUGGAUUCAGCCUAGCUCAUCGCCAUACGGUGCUCCUGUUCUCUUCGUCCGGAAGAAGAACAAGGAUUUGCGGUUGUGCAUCGAUUAUCGCAAGUUCAACGCGCAGACGAUCAGGAACGCCGACCCUCUCCCACGCAUCGACGACCUUCUCGAACGACUGGGCGGAGCUAAGUAUUUUUCCAAGCUCGAUCUCAAGUCCGGAUAUCACCAAUUCGAGAUUCGGCAGGAGGACCGCUACAAGACCCCGUUUAAGACGCGAUAUGGGCAUUUCGAAUGGCUGGUUAUGCCAUUUGGCCUUACGAAUGCCCUGGCCACUUUCCAAGCGGCUAUGACAACGGAGUUCCGACACAUGCUGGAUCGAUACGUACUUAUCUACCUCGACGACAUCCUGGUGUACAGCCGGAGUUUGGAGGAGCAUGUGGAACACCUGCGCACCGUUUUGGAGCGGCUACGACAAGCCAAGUACAAAGCCAACCGCGACAAGUGCGAAUUCACGCGGCAGGAGCUGUAGUACGGACGUUCGUUCAUUCAUGGGAUUGGCGGGCUACUAUCAACGAUUCAUCAUCGGAUACUCGAGGAUUGCUGCACCUAUGAC